AGCUUUGAGCCCCUAUUUCUGCUUUUCCUGCAGAACGUGUUUGCAAAUGAUGCAGCAAAUGCGAUACAGACAAAUCGCCCUAAAUGAUGUCUUGCGACUUCCUCUCAUGGGGAUCUGCCGAUCUGUGGGCUCUCUCCCUCUUUCUGAUCGCUGUGCUCUGGUAUAGGUACACUGCUGCGCGUAACAAGUUUUCGUCUUACGAGAAGCGCGACAAUGCUAAUAGUUACCCUUUGACGUUCCCAUACGUCUUUCCGGUACUAGGCACUCUGCCAAUCAGUUAUCUCUGGAGACCACGAGCAUUCGUCUUGAACCCAUCCUCCUUCUUUCAGAGUGUGCACCCAGUUAGAAUCAGACUCCUCACAUAUGAAUUUUAUGUUAUCCGUGGAUCUGAAAAUGUCAAAACCCUUUUCAAGCGUUCCUGGGCGUGUACUCCCAUUCCUUUUGUCAAAUUCGCUCUUGGGUACGCAUUUGGCUUACCAGCCAAAGCACUCAGUUUAUACGACCAGGACGACUCUGGUGGGGGUCAUGUACCCCACCAGAACAGCACCGUAGAGAGCCGCAAUCGUGUUGACUACCGUGCGCACCAGUCCUUAAUCCAAUUGCUGGAAGGAAAUGGGCUUGUACCUUUCUGGAACAGAUUUGCAGACAAUAUCACACAGCAAUUGUGUAAGUUACACGACAGCGUCGGACCCGAAUGGGACCAUCGUGCCGAUCUAAUGACACUCGUUGGAGACGAGAUCUCGGUUUCAACACUAAACGCGCUUUGUGGUCCAUACCUUUUAAGCCUGAACCCAAAUUUCCUGAGCGACUACUGGAGUUUUGAUCGCAAUUUACAAACGUAUCUUCAAGGCGUUCCUUGGGUUUUCGCCCCAAAAGCCUACGCGGCUCGCAAGAGGGUAUUAAAUGCGGUGAAAACUUGGCAACAACACGCAAGGGACCACUACCAUGACUCCGUCAAAGAUUCUGGCGGCGACGAUCCAUAUUGGGGAAGCAGUUUUUUCCGGAAUAGGCAAGAUAUGUUUCUCGAAAUGGACGGUUUUGACUACGAUGCAAUCGCAUCGGCGGAUUUUGGGUUAAUAUGGGCAGCGAGGAACUCUAUCACUGCUGCGUCUUGGACUACCUUUGAGCUAUAUCGAGACCCGGAGCUUCUGGCCAGCGUGAGGGAGGAAGUUGAUGCCUGUGUACUCACUGAUGCAGACGACCAUAUCCGUUUUGAUCUUGACAAACUACUUCGCUUACCGGUUCUGCAGGCCGUCUAUGCCGAGACUUUGCGCCUCAGAAUGCACUUUUACAUCAUUAGGAUGCCGGACAAGGCCGACAUGGAAUUCCGGGAUUGGGUCAUACCAAGACGAAAGGUUAUUGUGACACCCACGACUGUUGCGCAUUUUGAUUCCGAAGCAUGGAACACUGGGUUGAACAACGAGCAUCCUCUCGACCAAUUCUGGAUCGGACGAUUUCUCAAGUAUCCGUCGACAAGUGUACGUAGCAGCUCGCGACCAGGGGAUUCUGCUUCCACAGUGACAUUUUCAACCAAAGAUCUCGAAGGCUCAUGGAUCCCCUACGGUGGCGGACCGCGACAGUGUCCUGGGCGGCACUUUUCUAAGCGCCAGAUAUUACUGACGACUGCCUUGAUGAUAAGCUUGUUUGAUUGCGAGAUUAUAGAAGAGGGCAGAAACGUGAAGGAGGACUUGACGCUUAAGGGCUUCGGCGGGGGUGUGUCGCAUCCAGUUGGCAAAGUGCCGAUCAGUAUACGACGCAGAAAUAGGAACGUCAUGUAAGUCAUUAGCUUCGUAUCGUGUGCUGCAAAAGUAUGCAAAGGCUUUUCACAUUCUGAAGUACUAUGACUCCGAAUUCAGACACGGUUUCUGGCUUCGUUCGCGAAUUUAUCUUGGAUUGCAAUCCAUCUCGCUCAUUUUACAUAUGAGACCUGCUCCUACAAGCUUGAGCUCACUUAGUGCAAGUGUAGUUACAGCAAGUCAAAGAAUCAAC